AUCCCACGAGCUGUCGCAGCUGUUCUCGUUCAUUUUCAUGACAAAAAGUUAUUGUUGCUUUUACAAGAAGUUAGAAAGUCGUACAUCGGCAAAUUUGGAAGAUUUUAUUACUCGGAAAGGAAACUCGGAAGAUCAUUGUUAUUCUUCAAAAUGUAAGAAAUUUCUCAAACCAAGGAGAAGAGCCAGCGGAGAAGAAAAAUACACAGGCUGAUUUGAUCCUCUAAGCAAAAAGUGCCACCUUUUGGAAGGGAAACAUGGCAGAUUUUGAUGCGAUUUACGAAGAAGAGGAGGAAACGAACUUUGAUGAAAAUUACCAUGCGAUGACUGCCCCCGAUCCGGUGGUCGUUCGGGGUGCUGGGAAUAUGACAAUAUUUGGUCUGAGCAACGUUUUCAACACGGAAUUUCCAUCAGGGCUGGUAUCUCGAGUUGCCCCAGAAGAAUUCCAGGCAACAAUCACCAGGGUGAAUAGCGAGCUGCGCAAAACUCUACCAGUGAAUGUGAGGUGGCUUUUGUGUGGAUGUGUUUGCUGUUGCUGCACCCUUGGCUGCUCCCUGUGGCCGGUCGUUUGCCUCAGUCGAAGGGCGCAGCUGUCAUUAACCAAGUUGCUGGACUAUGAGAACUCAAGGCUGUAUAAUAAGUUAGGUCUGCAUUGGAGACUUGCUAAGAGGCGGUGCGACUCAUCAUCCAUGAUGGAAUAUGUUUUGCUGGUGGAAUUUGUACCAAAAAUUCCAAUCUACCGACCUGAUUGAUGGAUGGCUUCCUGAGAGCAUUUUUUACUGUUCCUGAAUGUAUGUACUCUAGAUAGAACAAGUUAUAAAAUUUAAUUAUUUAUUUUGUUGGCCUGCAAGUGAUUUUUAGUAGUAAUAUUCUCUAAUAUUUCUACCAGUUAAAGAGUUUUGCUAAUAUUUAUAAAACAAUUUAUUAACGGGUGAGCGAUCAGACAAAUUUGAAUAGCUUUGUAAAUUAUAGGUUGGGCUGCUGAUCGUAAAUUAGCUUUAAAUCGCCUCCAUUGUGCAAAUGCUGGGGUUUUUGCUAAAAAAAGUUUGAUAUUGAGGUGCUUAAAUGAACGAGUUCAUUCAAGUGAAUUUAUUUUUUUUUUUUAUAUAAGAAAAUGGUAGUUGUUUUAAUGAUAAAUUUGAUGCGAAAAUAAUUUAUUCCUUGACUUGAAAUAGUGAAGUGAGACGGCUCGAACUGAAACACAUAAUGAAUAAUGUGCACAUUUGAUAUUCAGCCAAUCGGCAACUAUAGUAAGCGGAUGUGACAUUUAAAAUUGCUCUUCCAAUCAGCUUGUACACCAAAUGUUAAGUAAUAUUAAAAACCAGCACUUAUUGUAAAUUGGGACAAAAUUUUAUGAUCACGAAUAAAAUUGUGCAAUAUAAUAUAUAGACCACAGCACGCUUUAAGAAGCACAAGAGCGAGAUUGCACCCAACCUAAAUGUAUAAUAUCGUGUGAGAGGCGGUCAAUGGACAACAAGUUUAUGAAUUGUAUUGAAUUGAUUUUUACAAAAAUGAGUCCACUAGGUCAAUUGUAUUGUCAAAGUGCUAAUUUUGGAACAUCUCAUUGCAAGACUAAUUUGGGAUCGGUAAUUUUGACGUUUCUGGAGCAGAUGUGAGAAAAAAUGUGAAAAUGUUUAAUUUUAACUAUUGUUACGCGACAGUAAAAGUGGCCAUGAUACUGAUUAUUUUUUAACUCUUAUAGCUAUCAGCUUAUUUAAUAAAUGGCAACAUGAUUAUUUUCUGUAGGUUUAAUUUUAAUAAAUCAGAAAUCUCCUGCAUAUUAAAGCUUGUGCGUAUCUUU